AUGCAGCUCCCACUGACACUUCUCACCACCAUCAUCCCCCUCGCCACCGCCAUCGACGUGCGCUUCUACAAAACCGGCACGCACUGCGUUGGCUCGCACCUCAUCUACAGCAACCUCCCCGCCGGCACCUGCUGCAGUACCGGCAACAACCAGCACGCCUCCGUCGGCUAUGCCAACGUCCGCAGCAACCAGCACAUCAGCGCGACCGGCUUCACGGGCGGCGGGUGUGUCGGCCCUACCUGGCUGGCUGAGCUGCGGGGGGAUACCUCGGUGUGCAUGACGCCUGCGGGAAGGAGGGGGUAUACGGGAUCGAGGUAUGAGUUGUUGAAGCGGGUGAAGGGACGGGCUGUUGGAGAUUUGGGAUCGGAGGGGAAUUGUACCGAAACGGUGAAGCCGGAUACGUUGGUGUUGGCGGAUGGAGUGACGGAAUAUGAUAUUUCUGGGUUGGAGGACGAUAAAGUGGCUAGUUUGGUGGCCAUUGCCGAGACUGGAGCCGGUCCAGAGGCAAUUCCUAAGGAGUUCAGUGCCCGGCCGUCAAUCUCCCCAAGCUCCAAGGCAAGGGCCAUGCCCCGAGUCCGGGUAAAGACCCUCUGCGCUCCUCUUGACGACACCCCUCAAACUCCCUUUGUGAUGGCGGUGGCGCCCAGAGACAGUUAUCUGGGAGAAGCCCGGGGCUGA